UUUCUUCUCCCAUAUAUCCACUUCCGAUAGCUAAAAAGAGAAAAUCGAGCCCCACGGAAUCGAAAGUUCAAUGCCACGGACUGCCCAGAGCCAAAGCCACUGAAGGAAGUGAUCCCGCGUGGUCGUGUGUGCCACCAGAAUAAGUCAUCGUUCUCAUCUCGUCAACAAUCACUUUCAUUGCUCCGUACACCCUUUCGAGACCAUGGUGGACCUUGGCGCACGGUUGACUGGCCACCAUCUGCGGCCCAGAGUCGGAUGAUGGCAGGACAAAAGGCAUAAAGCUAGGCGCUUGCGACGGCUCGCGGUUUAGUGUGGCGUUCGCAGUGGAUCGGCACCGAUCGCAGUCGAGUGGUCGCGCAACAAGAGGUGCACAGCAGUGCAACGAGCAAGUGCAAGUGCAAGUGCUCCUGGCACCAACAAACAAACGGCGGACGGGUUCAAUAUUCUUAAUUCCUAAUUCUGGAGAGGUAUCGCCGCUUGAGCAAAAUAAAAAAAUGGCGCUACAGUCUGACAGUUACGUGUCCGUGCCGGAGUUCUACUCGAAUGUGGACGUUUUCGUGACCGGCGGCACCGGGUUUCUGGGCAAGGUGCUGAUCGAGAAGCUGCUCCGGUCCUGCCCCGACAUCGGGCGCAUAUUUGUGCUGAUGCGCAACAAGCGGGGCAAAUCGAUCGAGGAACGCGUGGCCGAGCUAGCGAGUUGUCCGUUGUUCGAUCGGCUGAAAAAGGAACACGAGGAAGCGCUGAAAAAAGUGGUCCCGGUUUACGGUGAUAUAAGGAAACCCUGCCUGGGAAUGUACGAGGAAGACGUCCAGAUGCUGAGCAACGUGUCAGUGGCGUUCCAUUUGGCGGCGAGCGUCCGCUUCGAUGACCCACUGAAGGAAGCGAUAAGGACGAACAUCUGCUCGACGCAGGAACUGUUUGAAAUGCUGAAGCGCACCGCCACAAACAUACGGGCCGUCGUGCACGUUUCUACGGCGUACAGUAACCCCGAGAAUCAGUACGUGGAGGAGAAGCUCUACCCACCGAAGUAUGACUGGAAGAAGCUGGUCCAGGCGGUGGAUCGCUACGAUGCCGAUACCCUCGACACCCUGAUGCCAAAACUCUCGCACAACUCUCCGAAUACCUACACAUACACCAAAGGCCUGGCGGAACACGUGUGUAAGGAUUACUGCAACGUGUUGCCACUGGCCAUCGUGCGACCGUCGGUGGUGCUGUUCACGAUUGAUGAACCGAUGAGUGGCUGGGUUGAUAACUUCAACGGUCCGACCGGUUUGCUGGUCAGCGCGGGCAUGGGCCUUACGCGAACGGGGUACCUUCGGCAGAAGAACCGCAUCAACAUCAUACCGGUUGACGUGGUCGUGAAGAACAUUAUUCUGGCGGCCUGGAAACGGGGCACGAUCGAGCGACAGGCCGGCCCGAACCACCUGGCCAUCUACAACAGUGCCGUUACCUACCAGCAGUCGCUGGAGUACAAGGAAAUGUUGGACCGGGGCAAAGAAUACCUCUACAUGGUGCCCUUCAGCCGCAUGCUGUGGAUUCCCCGGGGGACGCCGACAGACUGGAAAGUGUUGUACUACUUAAAGCUAUUUUUUACUAUGAUCCUGCCGUCACUUCUGUUGGAUCUUUUACUCAGACUGUUGGGCCACAAGCCGUUCUUAAUGAAAUUGCAAGCUCGAAUCUAUGGAUCAGAAGUCUCCCUGCGGUACUUCGUCUGGCACGAGUGGCGCUUUGAAACGACACAGAUGAACGCUUUGCCCAGCUUUUUGACCGAACGGGAUCGCGAAUCCUUCGGAUGGUACCUGCCACAGACGACGCUAACUGGCGAGUAUCUGGAGAAGGCGUACAUCACCAUCCGGCGGUAUCUGGUAAAGGACCCGGAUGAGACCAUUCCGUACGCCAAGCGGAAGCUAGCACGUAUGAUACUCGCCGAGCGUAUCAUUCAGAUUAUUGCUUGCGGCUUGAUGAUUGUAGGUAUUUGCAGGACAGUUUUCGCUGGAUGCUUGUAGUGCUGCAAUAAACAUUACGAGACGUUCCGGUUCUGGUUGUAAAUUUGUUUAGUUCAAUAAGUUGCGGUUGCUGCAUUGCAUUGUCGUCCAAGGUUAGACAGCGGAAAAAAAACACUUCCUGUAAACCGCAGGGACAGGAGACGCUAGCAUACCAGAUAUGCAAUAAAAGAA